CUAGGUAUAGCUACUGCUUGGCCAAUUAUCUACUCUCACCUCUGCAUGCCUGACAUGGAUCUUAGCCAGGUGCAUAGUGGCUUUCCUACACAAACACAACACGGCAAUUUUAACACACUCCAGAUACACGUCAAGGAUGAGUUCAACGGUAAUGAUUUCCUCGAAGGUACAGAGAACGGCACAUACAGGCCACGGCCGCAACUGCCAAAGCCAUUCGUCUUGAUGCGAAGCCUUCAGCAUCUCAUGAAUGGACUCAACAAUGGAACCAUCGAUGUCGACCCGGAGUAUCAGCGUGAGGUCGUGUGGACUGCGGAGCGAAUGACAGGCCUUGUCGAUUCGCUAAUGGAAAACUUCUAUAUUCCACCUAUCAUUCUCAACAAGAAGCCGGAAGUUGUUCAAAAUGGCGGCCCGCCUACAGCAUCGUUCAUCUGUGUGGACGGGAAACAGCGUCUGUCCUCGGUGCUGGCAUUCAUCAAAGGCAUAAUACCAUGUCACGACCAUCGUGGAGAGAAGUGGUGGUUCGGUGACCAGUCGAUAAGUCGGCGCAAAAACAUCCUCUCUGAAGCGAUGCAAAAGCAGUUCCUCGAGAAGGAGCUCGUCUCUUUCGAGUUCACCAAUCUGUCCUCUGAGCAAGAAGAAGAUCUCUUCGCAAGAGUUCAAAUGGGUGUUCAACUGAGCGUUGCGGAAAAGAUGCGUGCGCAAUCUGGACCAUGGCAAGAGCUGGCAAGGCUUUUCGUGGACGAUUUUCCGAGCAUAUACUCGUUGAUGAAAGAGCGAGCGCGCGCAAAGGACUUUCAGCUCACGUUGUCCUGCUUCAGCCAGAUUGUCGAAGUCAUGCAUCCAACUGCAGCAAACGGAGUACCUAUCCUAAAAACGAAUCACUCCCAUCUGCCGAAGCUACUAAGUAACAAGGGGGCCGUAGAUGACGGUCUCAAAUCUCACCUUGCCAAUGUUUGGAACACGUUCAAGGAUCUCAUCAAUGAAGACUCGAAUACGUUCACCAACGAAAACAAGACUUUGACAGGUGUACAAACCUUCGCACCUGUAGAAAUGGUAGCGGUAACGGUCCUCAUAUCAACGUACUCCGAAACACGGAACAACCAGCUGCUCAUCGGCGACAUCCAAGCACUGCGGAACGCUCUUCGUGUGCACUUUACAGAUCUGCGCCUCAACAUCGCAACCUGGAAGUUCGUCUGGGACUUCAUCCACGAUCUAGAAGCUAUCCGAGGUGCGGUAGAUGGAAGCACCGUCAACCCUGAUCAACGGUCGAUGCCCACUCCUGGUAGUUCUCCAGCGGUUCCAAGCGCUUUGGGAGUACCAGCUGAACCGACACAAAAGCGAAGACGGCCGGUGGCGAAGAACGUGCCAUGGGCUGUUCAGCCAAGUCAACAGCCAGCCACAACUAAGAGUGAGGAGGUACCACCUGCUCCUCCGUCGAGAGUACGUCCAGCCAAGCGACGGCGAGUUGAUCCCGACCUUGCAGACGGCGAGGUCUCGGGGACAUUGACAGAUGCUGAAUUCUCCGGCACAUCUGGGAAUCAAUCGGCAGGCUCUGCGCACACGGUUUCUUCAAAGGCUACGCAAGCUAAAUCCCAAGCCGAGAGAAUGAACGAUUCAGUUUCAACACCUCCGAUGGUUCCAUGGCCAGCUCCUGCUAACCAAACUCUUGUGUGGCGAAACCCCUACGAGCCAAAUGCAAGACAGUCGCAACAAAAAGGUGCCGUAAUAACACCCACCGAAGCUCGACAAAAGCGUGUGUCGGAACUGAACAGUUAUCGAGCACCAAUCGCUCCACUAGGUUCUUCAAGACCUUCUGCUCCAACUGCUCCAACAAGCUCUUCUACAUCUCCCAUUUCGACCGCCAGGAGGGGUUCCACUAUAUCUCCUUUCCCGAUGUGGCCAGAACCUUCUCCUACGACGCCAGUGGCAUUACAAUCACAAUCAAAAGCCACGAAAACUCCCAAUUUCAGGGUUUCCACCACACCUCAGGCACGGAAAUCAAACAAUACCUCACCCAACACGCGGACUGCCCUAGGCGCGUUUACACCCGCCCAUGCUGACGAACAGUGGGAAGGCGUCACUAAAUCUGUAUCGCCUGAACAGCGGCCCCUACCAUCUUUGACAGUCCAACCACCCAUAUUUGGGCUCACAUCUCGGUCAUCUGCGAAGGCGCCUCUUUCUGGACCAGCUUCAACCGCGCCGCCCACCAGAACAGCUUCUCGCACCGCUCCCAAAGUCGGACCUUCGCAGCCGUUACCAACCCAAAAAGCACGCAGAACGCCUUCCACAAAACCGAAACCGGCACAUCCGACUCUGCCGCAGUACGAUGGUGCAAUUGACCUCACGGACGAUGGCGCUAUUGAUCUCACGAGCGAUACCGAGCAGGAACGUCAGAGCCUUUUGACGUCGUUCAAGCCACGAUCUGCUGCGGGAGCUCAGGGGAAAGAUACAGUUAAUCGGGAGACAUCGAAGACGCAAGCGUUGGGAAAACAGACUGUGGAUGUGGAUGUGGAUGUGGAGAAUCAAGAUACGAAUCCCACCUCGAGGGAGAGAAAAUUCAAGAGGCGGGGCUGAAUUUAUCAAGAUUUUAGUAUGGUGAAGGUUUAACUGGGGCUGUAUGAGAUGUAUGAAUGCUGCUCUGGUAUUGUUCAUGUUGUUUAGAGCUUGCGUUGGUGUAGGGUGUUUUCCAGCGAGUACUUGCUCCAACGGCGUUAGAUGCCUUGAUUCAUAGAUACCACUCAUCAAUUC